CGAGGUUUUCCGGUGUGUCUCGGCUCCCGGCGUGCAGCGCGCCCGGGGCUCCCGGGAGUGGGUGGAAGGCGCCGGCAGGAAGGCGGAAGUGUCGAGGCUUCCGGUCUGCGUGGUGUGCGUGCCAUCUGCGAGUUUCUGACUUUCCUGCUUUCCAGGUAAAAUAUGGCUAAAAGCUUACGGAGUAAGUGGAAAAGGAAGAUGCGUGCUGAAAAGAGAAAAAAGAAUGCCCCAAAGGAACUCAGCAGACUUAAAAGUAUUCUUAAAAUAGAUGGUGAUGUUUUAAUGAAAGACGUUCAAGAGAUAGCAACUGUGGUGGUACCCAAACACUGUCAAGAGAAGACUGAGUGUGUGGUGCAAGAUGAAAAAGAUGACAUGAAAAUGGAGACUGAUAUUAAGAGAAACAAAAAGAGUCUUCUAGACCAGCAUGGACAAUACCCCAUAUGGAUGAACCAGAGACAAAGGAAAAGGCUGAAGGCAAAGCGAGAAAAAAAGAAGGGGAAAAGCAAAGCAAAGGCAGUAAAGGCAGCAAAGGGUUUGGCCUGGUAGACUCUUAAAAACUUGAAAAAUCUUGGGGCACCUGGGUGGCUUCAGUUGGUUAAGCCUCCAACUUCAGCUCGGGUCAGAUCU